CAAUACCAUAACCUUAAAAUCUCAGCUAUUAAAACCUAACCUCAAAGAAAAGGAUUCAGGAAAUAAAGUAAUUUUGCAGUAAAAGUAAUUUUUCUCUUGUUUUUUAUUCAUCGGAGGCUUCAGAAUAAUCACAAUACACCGAAGUUAUCAUGUCGUUGUUAAAAUCGUUUACGUUUUUGAGGCCAGUGAUCGUACCAAAAUACCAAGGGAAUUCAUUACAAAUUGUGCAGAAGUUCCUAUCAACGGUCCCUGAACCUAACCAGGAACCUUCUCGACUGGAUAAAUUGUACAAAAAAAUUGAAAUUGAGGUCCGAGGAAAUGAUCCCGCAGUCCUCACAAGUUAUGGAGUCUUUUCGACAGAAGCUGCUACGCAUUUGGGAAUAACUGUUGGCAGAAACUUCGCACCUAAAAGCCACCACUUUGAACGCUGGACAGUGCUCAAAUCAGCUUUUGUUCAUAAAAAACAUCGAGUACAGUAUGAAAUGAGGACUUACUAUAGAUAUCUAGAUUUCUUCAGGCUGACAGAGUCCACUGUCGACACAUUUCUCGAGUAUUUACAGAGAAAUCUACCCGAGGGAGUCGCAAUGAAAGUAACAAAGGUGGAAAUUCAGAGGUUGCCAGAGACCGUUAGUAAGCCCCUUGAUUAAUUUGUCAAUUUACAAAAACAAACGGAAACAAUUAUCAAUCAAUAGAUCUUUUGUAAGAAUUAAAAUCAAUGUUCAUGAUGAGA